UGUCAUAAUUUUAUUGUUACUGAUUGUUUUCUGUUCUUCCAUCGUUUUUUGCAUUUUCACGUUUGCGUGGUUGCAUUUUUCGCGGAGAAUAGUUGCGAUUCAUAUGGAUCUUUGUCAAGAUAUGGUUACAUAAAAGUGUAAUUUUUUUUCCUUCAAAUCCUUUGUUAAUACUUUUUGCAAUACUCAUCGUGGACGGCAUUGAAAAAUACCUUCCAUUUUUGUACCACCAUGGAAAAACACGACGAAAUAAACAAUAAAAACGUGCCGCGAAGUCUCGUUGGCGAUUACGGCACAUCAGAUUCUGAGUCGGAAGAUAUUGAAGGAGCUUCGAGUGGACAAAUCGGCAGUGAAGAAUACGAUCACACGGAACAUAGUGAAAUGGUUUUAAAAAAUAACAUUAUAAAUGCUUGCGCCCACGGCCCGUUGUCAUCCGCGGCAGAGAGAGAUACAAAAUCUGCAACAAAUAUGAUAAUAGAUGAUUCGGACAGUGAUGUAGUUAAUUAUGAAGUGACUGAAUAUAGAGAUGUUGAUAGUGAAUCUUAUUCCACCCCAUCGAGCGACUCCAGCGACGAUGAGGGUUGGAAUGAGACUGUGGAGAGUAAUAAUUCUAGUGGUGAUGAAGAUGGUGACAAUAAACCAAGUAAAGUGGAACCAAUAAAGGUUCAUGGAGAAUUGGGUCUGGAUGACCUGCCGCCCAUUGAAGACCUUGCCAUCAGCCUGCCGGCCCAGGAUACCACCAAGAUAGGCACCAUCCUAAACAUUGUAGAUAGAUUAGUGAUAAUUCGUGCGAUGCCGGAAACACCGGCCGUUGAUUUAGAGAGCAUAUUGUUCCUUGAUAAUGGUGCUCGGGCAUUGGGGAAGGUGUUUGAUGUUUUUGGACCUGUGACCGAGCCACACUACUGUGUGAGGUUCAACUCUGUGGAUCACGUGAAGGAGCGCGGAGUGCAGCCCGGCAUGGACGUGUACAUAGCACCGCGCAGCCGCGACCACACCAACUACGUCUUCCUCACAGAGCUCAUGAAAUCGAAAGGUUCCGACGCGUCAUGGCUGCACGAUAUCGAGCCACCUCCGAGCCACGUGGACUACUCCGAUGACGAGGAGGAGCGCCGCGCCAACCGCGCCCGCAAGGAACAGAACAAGAAGACCGACAGCGGGGAGACCAGCAAAACCAAUAGCCAACCGCCCAAGAGGGAUAGGAGAAACCAAAGACCCUCAGAGAGUAGCAAUCGCUUUGGUGGAUAUGAUGCCGGGUACGGGAGAGGAGGAUUGAACCCCUUCUCGGGCCGACGACCGAACACCAACCCCCAGACCAGAUUCGUCAGUCCGUGGUCCGCGUGGGCGUUCAACGACACCAGGACUCCGCCGCACCCCAACGACUCCGCUCCCCGACCUUUUAGGCCGCCGCCCUUCAACCGGCCACCGAUGUGCGUCCCGCCUUUUGAUCCUUACAUUCCUCCUCCGUUCGUAGGCGAUUCGUACCAAUUCGGUGGCAGACCGAGAAUGUUCGGUCCCAUACCGCCCAUGAGCGUCCCGCCGCCGCUGAGGCCGCAGGCGGGGCCCGUGUUCGGCGCUGGCUUCUGCACAGCGCCGGGCCCACAGCCGCAGUGGGCGCGGAGACCGCCGCCGCCCCCCGGCACCUAACUCAAUUUAUAUGUGAAUAUAAUCUGUGUAAUAUAUAUCCUGUCAUAUAAUGUUUACUU